ACUGCGCCGCAUACACAAAACUGUAAACAAAAGUAAUUUUUUUUUAGAAAACAAAAGUGAAUGAAAUGACAACCGAACAUUUGAGUGUUGCCGCUUCUUUGGAUAAAUAUGGAGAGGAAGACUUAUUUAGCAUGCUUGUACGGUAUGGGCUCUUCGUGGGCGCGAUAUUUCAGUUUAUCUGCAUAUCAGCGGCAGUUUUAAUGAGCGGCAACGAGUCCCACGAUAACAGCGAUGACGAGGGGAGACUCAUCGAUGAGCCUGUUCCGACCAAUGCUCGACGUUUGCACAAAAUACGCAAGCUGGAGAAGAAAAAGCGACGCUAGCUGGGAUUUAAUCAUAUCUGAAUGUAUUUACAAAUUAUUUUCCAAGUAUUUUUAAGUGUGUGUACUCGUCCUUAUAAUAAAACUAAUUUAUUUGGUAUUAUAUAUA